AUGUUGUCAAGGACAUUUCAUUUCGCCACCCUCAGUGCUCUUUCCGCGUUCAAGGUUUCGGCUCACGGCCACGUAUCUGAGGUUCUCAUCAACGACGAAAGCUACUACGGCCAUGACCCCACCAAGGUCCCCUACGUAACUCAACCAGACAGCAUCACCUGGACAAACGGCGCCAAAGACAACGGCUUCGUCACCUCCACCGCGAGCGCACUGGCGUCCCCAGACAUCAUCUGCCACCUCAACGCCACCAAUGGGCUUCUGACCGCAGACGUUGCUGCCGGCACGACCAUCACGGUUGACAAGACCAAGUUGAAGUUCUUCAAGAUCGAUGAGUUGGGGCAGCUGACGAGGGGAACUGUCCCUGGCCAGCCGGGCUACUGGGCGAAUAAUAAACUCCGUGAUGAGGACUUUUCAUGGAACAUAACGAUCCCGGCUAAGCUGGCUCCUGGAAGCUAUGUCCUGAGACAUGAGAUCAUCGCCCUUCAUGCGGGAGGUGCAGAAGGGUCAACUCAGAUGUAUCCUCAAUGCAUCAACCUGAUUGUCAAGGGAGACGGUACUGCACAGCCUGAAGGCGUGUUUGCGACGGAUCUCUACUCUUCUAAGGAUCCAGGGCUGCUGCAUAAUGUGUUUGUGGAUGAGUGGAGUGAUGCGAACGAUCCCGGCUAUCUCUUUAAGCAAGCCGCAGCGACUCGCAUCUGGGCCCGCGCCGCGCAAAUAUACCUCGCCAUAGUGACAAUCGGGUGGAAGCCUGACACCUCUAGUGUCCGCGAGAGUGCAAGCGAGGUUCUUCGCCUGCUCCAAGAGCUUGAGGACCCUGCGAUCUUACGCAGCGCAGUGUGGCCGUUUUGCGUGGCCGGCAUGGAUGAGCGCACCAAGAAGCAGGUCGCCAACUGCCUCGCGCGACACGGCGUGCAUGGAGACGAGAAGAACCAGGACCCUGAUCAGGACGAGCCCAAGCCACAGUCUCAGCCUCAGUCCACAACAGCUGCUGACACUGCCAACUUGGUUGAACGUCUCCCUAUCGAGCCAAAGAGCGAGGCCAUUCCCGAGCUCAAGCUUACCUCUGGCAAUCUUGCCAUAUUGAACCAGCAAUUGAGCCGCAAGGCCUCCAAGAAGGCCAAGUCCAUUUGCUCCGAUGCAGCAUCACAUGGUGCCGCCUCUGACCUAAGCCGCGAGGCUUCAUUCUACAUACCACCUCCCCCCUCCGUUUCCGACCCUGCUGACGAAAAUGCCUGGGUGUCAAAGAAGUAUCCUUGCCUUGGUAGGGUUUCAAAGGAAGGGGUCAGUGCUGCUAUCGCUUAUGCCGCGCUCAGAGAAAUGGGGGAUUGCGACUAA